AUGGUUUUAAUCAAUUCUGUUUUUGUUGUUGUUGUUUUUUCAGGAGUUUUGCUUAUAAUGGUAUGGUGUGUCAUCUGGUCAGUCGCAGGCCCUGACAGUCUCCCUGGUGGAAGUUUAUUUGGACUGUUAGUUAUCUUUUAUAGUGCCGUAAUUGGGGGGAAAAUUUUGCAAUUCAUUAGAAUACCUUCAGUGCCUCAACUUCCACCUCUUCUUGGGAUGUUACUGGCUGGUUUUACCAUCAGGAAUAUUCCAUUCUUCAGUGAGCGUGUCAAUAUUAGUAACACAUGGUCUUCAACUUUAAGAAACACUGCCCUUACCAUUAUCCUAAUACGAGCUGGGCUUGGACUCGAUCCACAGGCUCUGAAGCAAUUGAAAAAUGUUUGUUUAAGAUUAUCUAUGGGUCCAUGCCUUAUGGAGGCAUGUUCAGUUGCUGUUAUUUCCCACUUCCUUUUGAAUUUCCCCUGGCAAUGGGGAUUUCUAUUAGGUUUUGUACUAGGUGCUGUCUCUCCUGCUGUUGUUGUCCCUUCCAUGCUACUUUUGCAGGACAAGGGGUAUGGUAUUGAGAAAGGCAUUCCAACCUUACUAAUAGCUGCUAGCAGUUUUGAUGACAUCCUGGCUAUCACUGGAUUCAAUACAUGUUUGGGCGUAGUCUUCUCCUCAGGAAGUAUGCUUCAUAAUGUCCUAACCUCUCUUCGGGAUGUAUUUAUUGGUGUGCUGGUAGGAAUUCUUUUGGGAAUUUUUGUUCGAUAUUUUCCAAGUAAAGAUCAGAGAAAUCUUCCAUUGAAGAGAGCAUUACUUGUUUUGAGUUUGUGUGUUUCUGCUGUCUUAGGCAGCCAGCGUAUUGGUAUGCACGGAGCUGGAGGGUUAUGCACACUAAUGACGUCUUUCAUUGGAGGAAAGAAGUGGUCCAAAGAUAAGAUUAAAGUCCAAAAAAUUAUUACAACUGCAUGGAAUAUUUUUCAACCUCUUCUUUUUGGUUUGGUUGGAUUAGAAGUAUCUGUUGCAGCUCUUAAAUCAAAUGCUAUUGGCAUUUUUGUUGCUGCCUUGAGUUUGGCAUUAUUGAUUCGAAUUUCUUUUACAUUUUUAUUGAUGUGUUUUUCCGGUUUUAGUUUUAAGGAGAAACUAUUUAUUGCUCUAGCAUGGAUGCCCAAAGCUACAGUCCAGGCUGUAUUAGGUCCUCUGGCUCUAGAAACAGCAAGACUCACAGCACCCCACUUGGAACCAUAUUCGAAGGAUGUGAUGACCCUAGCAUUUUUAGCCAUCUUGAUCACAGCUCCAAAUGGAGCUCUAAUUAUUGGCAUACUGGGGCCCAAAGUACUUACACGCCAUGAUCCAAGCAAAAUAAAAUUGGAAUUGACAGGAAUAAACUUGCAUUAA